AAAUAAUCACUCCACCUGUUUCUGUAUUUCUGUAUUCAAAGUUACGACCAGUUCCGAAGGACCCUUCUGACAGUUGCAGCAAUGGCUGUUGCCUCCAAUUCCGCCUCCCAAAAUGUUGUCUCUUCCCAAGAGACGAAGCGUACAAAGUGCCCGGGUGUUCGUCUUGUAGGAGGCAGGAUAUAUGAUUCCGAGAAUGGUAAAACUUGCCACCAGUGCCGGCAAAAAACAAGAGAUUUUUCAGCAUCAUGUAAGAACCUGAAAAGGGACAAGCAAUGUACCAUUAAAUACUGUCACAAAUGCCUAUUGAACAGAUAUGGAGAGAAGGCAGAGGAAGUGGAACUGCUGGAUGAUUGGAAAUGUCCUAAGUGCAGAGGCAAUUGCAAUUGUAGUUUCUGCAUGAAAAAGAGGGGCCAUAAACCUACUGGUAUGCUGGUGCAGAAAGCCAAAGCAACUGGGUUUUCCUCAGUUUCAGAAAUGCUUCAAGUCAAAGGACCGGAAAAUUUACAUGGCACAACUAUAAAAGAUACUAUUUCACAAAAGAAGCAAGCUCCCUUAACCAAGGAAUAUGUGGUUUCCUCACCUGUAAAACCUGGAAAGGAAAAUUCCUUAAAUGCAGGUUGUGAUUCAGAAUUCAAUUCUCAGAACCUGACUCCAAAUUCUAAUGAGAAAAAAUCUAAGAAAGUAAAACGGGAAGGAUUAAAGGAGUUGUCCAAUCGCAAGAAAGAUUAUGGCACUUCUUUAAGAGAAAGUAGUCCGAAGAGAGCAAAAACUUCCGUUGAAACUUCAAAGAAUGAAGUGAAGGGUAAUUCUAAGGCACUAGUUAGAAAUAGUGUUACCAUGAGAUGCAGUAGUACAGAAGAAAGCAAGGGUCAGAAAGGCAAGAAAGAAGGAGUUUCUAAUGUUACAAAAAAUUCUGAGGGAAUUUCAACAAAAGGAGAGCCUGCAAUUUGUGAUGCACAUUUGGAGAAUACUAACUUGAAUCCAGGAGUUUCAAAUGGUGUUGAAAAUGAUAAUGCAGGAGCCAAGGUGAAGGCUGCUGUGGAGUUUUCUAAAGUUAAAAAGUGUGAUAUGGACCUUGAAGAGAAAUAUCUUGUUGACAUUCAAUUACCUCAAGGCACCAGCUUAGUAACCGUUGCAGGCAUUGAUUUACUUCCCAAAGAUGUUGGACACGUGUUGCAAUUCUUAGAGUUCUGUGCAGCUUUUGCAGAGGUUCUUGAUAUAAGGAAAGGGCAAGCUGAAUCUGUGAUCAGGGAAAUAAUACGUGGACGAAGUAGACGUCAACUUCCAUACUCCUCCAUAGGUCAAAUCCACAUUCAGUUGUUGUCUCUGAUACAAAAAGAUAUGGGAACAAAGUUUCCAUCAUUAAGUACAGGUGGAAAAGAUUCUUGGUUUCAAGCUCUUGGCCAAUGUGUUUCUGAAUCCCAAUGUGCACUGGAAGAGUUUCCAUCUAAUAUUUUUGAUAAGGGUGUUGAUGCAUACAAUCUGUUGGACAGUUCAAAAAAGCUUAAACUUUUAAACUUUUUAUGUGAUGAAGUUCUUUCCACUAGGACCCUUAGAAGCUGGAUGGAGGAUCAAAACUCAAAGUUUGGAGAUCGAAAGAAGGAAGCAAAAGAAAAGGUUCUUCUAGCAAAGGAUAAGGAGAAACAGUUGAAGAAGAAAAUGCAAGAUAAGCUGGCCGAAGCUAUUAUUGCAAAAAAUGGUGCUCCACUUUCAAUUUCUGAGCAUGAUGCUAUUGUUGCAAAAAUAAAGAGGGAAGUGGCACAAGCUCAUAGAGAGAUGCUGGAAGCAGAGGGCAUGUUGCCAAAGAAGCGAGAAAGAGCUGAUGCUGUCAGGACGGAGCCUAUCCUAUUGGGCGUUAAUGGUCAUGCUUUCUGGAAAUUGAGAGGCUAUACUGGUGAGCUGGACAUAUUACUUCAAGAUUUGGGGACAUGGGAUGCGGUUGUGACUGAUGACAAAUGGUUUGGCUAUGGUGUUGUGCAGAAACAAGAAGUCGAGAAAUACAUCUCUACUUUACGGACAAAAAGGCUAAGGAUUCAAAAAGUUCUGCACAAACUUCCAUUUGCCAGUAGUGAAACAAGCUCAUAGCUUUUGAAAAUAGCAACCUGGGGACAGCUAGGGCAAUCUGGAUAGGUGCCUACCAUAUACAAGAAAUUGGUUUUUUUUUUUAUUUUGAAUAUUGGUUACCCCUGAAUUUGGAUGACAGGCAUUGCUUGGUUUCCAACUUUUUAUUUUUGAACUUGUGUCAUUGUAAGGGAGGAGAGGGGAGGGGAAGGGAUGGAAUGGAAUUAUAAGUGCUUGGACCAUGGAUCAGCUAUUGAUUUGUUGUAAAACCUUUGAUCAAUCCAAAUGUUGUAUUUCAACAUUAAAUUCUCGUUUGUGAC